CAAAAUGUCUUCCAGCUAUACAAUUUCUACAAUACCGUAUCUUCAAUUGCCUAACAAUUUCAGUAGGUUUGAUUUACAAAACUCUACAUUCAGUUAUGAUCCCAUAAAAUAUUGUAAACUGGAUUUUGACGUGGAGAAGUCGCUAAGAUCAUUUAAUCAGCUGCCUGUAUUAAGUCCAACUUUUACACAAUGCUAUUUUCAAGUUCUUCCUACGGUUAACGAUAGAAAGAUCAAGAUGGAACAACAUUUGCCUAGAAGGAGAACUACCAGAGAGUUUGAAAUUGAUGUAGACUUUUAUAAAACGAAAUCAUCAGAAUUGUUAAAUCCUCUUGAGCCUUCUCUUCAUUUUCUUGCACCUAAAGAUCAAUAUCCUUAUUCUUCUGAUAGACAAAUUACACUACAAAAACGUAAUACUCAAGCUGCAAUCAAACGAAUUCCUAGUAAAAAAAACAAGUGUCAAGAUGUGAGAAAUAGGAAAUCUGUUCGAUUUUCUGACGCCCAAAUUAAUAAAAUGACAAUGUUUUUCGACACAAACAAAGUACCAAGUGUCAAAUCCUACGAAGAUGUCGCUAAUGCCGUUGGACUGGAUGAAAAUCAAGUGAAACGGUGGUUUUCAAAGAUGAGAAGAAUUGCCAAGUACUCCAAACAAAUAAAUGAAUGAAGAAUAAAAACGCAAAAAGUCUAAUACCAAUUAUAUACAAAAUUGUUGCCACUUGUAAACAAAAAAGUCUACGAUUUUUUGAAUAAAGGAUU